AUGGCGCUCAGCUCCCGGGCUCACGCCUUCUCCGUGGAGGCGCUGGUGGGGAGAUCCGCCAAGAGGAAGCUGCCGGACGGCCGCGACGAGGAGCCCGCGGCCCGCGGGCAGAGCCGCAAAGCGCCCGACGCCGAGAAGCGGCCCAAGGCGGCGGAGAGCCGGGAGGCGAGGGGCGAGGUGCAGGUGGAGCUGCAGGGCUCCGAGCUCUGGAGGAGGUUUCACGACAUCGGCACCGAGAUGAUCAUCACCAAGGCCGGCAGGCGGAUGUUCCCCUCCGUGAGGGUGAAGGUGAAGGGGCUGGAGCCGCUGCAGCAGUACUACAUCGCCAUCGACGUGGUCCCGGUGGACUCCAAAAGAUACAGGUACGUCUACCACAGCUCGCAGUGGAUGGUGGCGGGCAACACGGACCACUCGUGCAUCACGCCGCGGCUCUACGUGCACCCCGACUCCCCGUGCUCGGGGGAGACGUGGAUGCGGCAGAUCAUCAGCUUCGACCGCGUCAAGCUCACCAACAACGAGAUGGACGACAAGGGCCACAUCAUCCUGCAGUCGAUGCACAAGUACCGGCCGCGCGUGCACGUGAUCGCGCGCGACGGCCGCCUCGACGGGGCGCCGCCGCGGGCGCUGCCGCCCGCCGGCGUGCAGACCUUCUCCUUCGGCGAGACCGAGUUCACCACCGUGACGGCCUACCAGAACCAGCAGAUCACCAAGCUGAAAAUCGACAGAAACCCCUUCGCCAAGGGCUUCCGCGACCCCGGGCGCAACAGGGGCGUUUUGGACGGGCUCCUGGAGACGCUGCCCUGGCGGCCCCCCCUCGGCCUCGACUUCCCGGCUUUCGGCGCCGAGAGCCCGCGUGGGAGCUCCAGUUCGUCGCCCGUGGCCUCCAGUGGUGGGACGCCAUCUCCUCUGAAUUCCUUGCUUUCUCCAUCUUGCUCGCCUCCUGCGUUUCAUCUAUCAGCGAGCAACAUUGGCGUGGCGUGUCCCGAAACGUACCUGCACAACCUCAGCGUGCCCCUCUACUACAGGAUUUGUCCUACGGGCUUUUUAAGACAACAGUCUCUUGUGUUUCCAAGCCAAGAAAAACUGGGAGGCACCAACCCGCAUGUUUUACCCCACUUCAUGGUGGAUAUACCAAAACUCUCUUCUCUCGGUGUAACAAAUCUGAAAAAUGGUAAAACUGAAGACUUAAAUGGGCAGUGUCUACAAGUACCCAAUUCUGCUAGUCAAAUGCUGUAUGGAUUACAUGCAUCUGGAAACAUUUUCCCAUCAAGUCCCAUUGCUCGGGAAGCACUUAAUUGUUCUUUACAUCCUCCAUAUGGCUUGUACGGUUAUAACUUUUCUAUGCCAACUAGACUGAUGAAUGCAGCAGGCCAUUUCAAAGUGAAUGACAGCGUUCCCGCUCCUUUCAGAGAUGGCAGAUGUAAUCACUCUAACUGGCACCCGACAAUUAACCAUUGCCUUUAA